AGUGGAAUUAAAGAUACAACCACUGAAGACAAGUCUUGCUGCGUUUCAAGUUAGUUAAUCUUGUUUUAAGCGCAUUUUUAUAUUUAACAGAAAAAUUCUUAACGGUUUUGAAGGUUUUGAAAAGUCGUUAUUUUGAAAAUGGAGGGAAACGUUCCAAAAAAGAGAGCGCUCGCGCGUUUGAUACAUGAGCGCUGGCACUGAGCGACAACAGCUGCGCGCUCUCUCUCUCUCUCGCUCGUUCUCUCUCGCUCUCUCUCUCUCUCUCUCUCUCUCGCUCUCUCUCUCUCUCUCUCUCUCUCCUGGGGGAGUGUCGGCAAUGAAUAGCUGCUGACUUCUCGCCCAGUAGCAGGGCAUACAUCUGAAGAGUGAAGACGGAAUAACGGACGAGGCCAGUGGAAAAAGAAAACAAAAAAGAGAAAAUAGUGGAAACUCUCCGACCGCGUGGAUUAAGACAAACAGAGCAGAACCAAGAGUGAAAGACGAGAAGGUCCCAAGGAGGAAUCAUCUGGGAAACUGACUGGAAACUUUAGAAAAAGAGACAGAAAUCUAUUUUAAAAGAGCUUCUUAUCAGACAGAGAAGAGCCGAGGAGGAGACCACAUUCACUUAGGAUUUCACAGAGUCCUGAAGGAUAUAAAGUGAAAGUCUGAGGGCUUACUGGAAUACAUAUUUCCUUUGGGAAUUUCAUAUCAUAAACCAAAGCAUAAACAGACUGACAGCAGCUACGGUGUUUCCUAACAUGGAGCUGAAGUGGGCACUUCUUCUUUUGGGUCUGUUCCUGCAGUCUAGUGAAUCUCGUCAAUGUGGCGUUGGAUUCAAAAUAAAAAACAAGAUUUGUGUUGAUGAGGAUGAGUGUUCAACAUCGAAUCAGUGCGGUGAUCACGCUCAGUGUGUAAAUACACCUGGAAGUUACUACUGCACCUGUAAUGAAGGAUUUCGGUCAGCAACAGCCAACUUCACAGCAGAAAAUGGACAGUGUGAGGAUAUCAAUGAGUGUGUUGAGAAAACACGUGAAUGCACAGGUGAUAUGGUGUGUGUGAACACCAUCGGCUCGUACAAGUGCAUCUGUCGAAAGGGAUACCGGCCCUCGAGAACAGACUCAGGAUGUGACGAUGUGGAUGAGUGUUUGUCCUCAGUGUGUGGAGUUCACAGCAGUUGCACUAACACACCUGGCAGUUUCUUCUGCAUCUGUUCUCCAGGGUUUCACAGACAUGAGAACAACACCUGUACAGACAUCAAUGAGUGUUCAGAUCCAGAUUUUUGCGGCACAAACGCCAACUGCUUCAAUCAUCCAGGCGGCUACAGCUGCAAAUGCAAACAGGGUUACAGUAACUAUGGCAACAACCAGUCAAAAUGCAUCGAGAUGAGCUGCGACCACUUUGAAUUAGAGUCUGGCACGGAGGACACGCCUUUGAAGAAUUUGCUGAGGCUGUUGACGAGCAGCUGCGAGUCUCUGCUUGAUCCAAACGGCGGCCGUCAGACAGGAGAGCAGUUACUGGAGAAUGUGUUCACUUUCUCUGACGAGCUGCUGUCGGAUGGAAACAUCGCUGAUGGGAAGAUGUUGAGUCAGUUUCUGGACGCGGUGGAGAACAGCAUGCGUCUGAUUGGACCUCAGCUGAGAGAACCUGUGACCAGGAUGGAGACGCACAACACCUUUGCUGAGGUUGCAGUCACACGGAAUCAGACUCCGCCCAGUGGGUGUGUCACUCUGAGCACAGACUCCGCCCUCUUCAACACCAGCUGGGAAACAGUUGUAGGGGAUUCAUAUCCAGGUUUUGCGUUUGCGGCUCUGGUCAGUUAUAAAGGUCUGAACUCCUCCAGCGACCUGCUCCAGAAGAUGAGAAACGAGAAAUCAGACGAUAAAGAGAGAAACAUCACUUAUCAACUCAACUCUGAAGUGGUGACGGCCGUCGUCAGUAAUACAGAAACCAAACAGCUGUCAGAGCCGGUGAAGCUCGUCUUUAGACACGUGGAGGAGAGGGCGGAGUCUGAGGGCGUGGCUUACUCCUGUGUGUACUGGAAUGAGACGGAGGGGGCGUGGUCUGAGGAGGGCUGUGUGAGGGCGGAGUCUAACAGCACUCACACAGUGUGCUCCUGCUCUCAUCUCAGUAGUUUCGCCGUGUUAAUGGCUCUCUAUCCUGUCCAGGACUCGUUUGAUUUGGUGUUGAUCACGCGUGUGGGUUUAGCUCUGUCUCUGGUCUGUUUGUUUAUCUCUAUCUUGACGUUCAAGUUCUGCCGCUCCAUCCAAGGAACCCGGACCAGCAUUCAUCUCCAUCUGAGCAUCUGUCUCUUCAUCGCAGACCUAGUCUUCCUCUGCGGGAUCUCCAGCACUCAUAAUGAGGUGGCGUGUGCGAUUGUGGCCGGUCUGCUUCAUUUCUUCUUCUUGUCUGCGUUCUGCUGGAUGCUGCUGGAGGGGGUUCAGCUCUACCGGAUGGUUGUGCUGGUGUUUCACACCACAUUAAAACAUCUCCACAUGUAUCUGGUGGGAUACGGAGUCCCUCUCGCUAUCGUCAUCAUCUCUGCCAUCGCCUUCCCAAAGGGAUACGGCACCAAACGACACUGUUGGCUCUCUCUUGACCGAUAUUUCAUAUGGAGCUUCUUUGCACCCGUCUGCAUCAUCGUCGUCCUCAACAGCUUUGUCUUCAUCAUCACUGUCUGGAAACUGGCUGAAAAGUUCUCCAGCCUCAAUCCAGACCUCUCCAAACUCCGCAACAUCAGGGGGUUUACGGUGACCGCUGUGGCUCAGUUGUGUGUUCUUGGAGGGAUGUGGGUUUUGGCUUUCCUCUUCCAGCGGGAAGGAACUCAAGUCGCGUUGUACCUCUUCACCAUCUUAAACAGCCUCCAGGGGGCGCUCAUCUUCAUCAUGCACUGCCUCCUGUCCAAACCGGUCAGAGACGAGUAUUGCAAGCUGAUUAGCAGGAUCUGCUCACUUACGGAGAAGAAAUAUUCAGAAUUCAGCACCAAUCAGUCCAGCAACAGUCAGCAACCCCUACGGAGCAGUCAGACCACAGGAGAGUCCAAGAUAUAGAGCCGCUGUCAGUCCUGGAGGAUCCUUGUGGAUGUUUGACCUUUUAAAGACACAUGGUAGCGCGACGUCUCACAGAGCUUUAAUUCUGCAGCACAUGAGACUCCUUGCCAUUGAGAAGAUCUGUAACUGCUUUCUUUCUCUCUGUUAAGCAAGAAUUUCAGGUCUCGACUCCUCACAUGACCUAGAUUCCAAACAUAUCAGCUAAAACAGAUAAAUCAGUAAAAUAUCUAGGGCGGUUUUCUUUCUCUAAUGGACUUUGGAGACACUUUAGCUGUUCUUUAUCGUGCCUUUAGUGGAGAACGUCUUAUAUUACAUGCAAAAGGCAGCUUUUAUUUGCUUAUAUAUGAAAAUGUGGUGAAGAUAUUUGAAGAACUCGUCUCCAAUCUGCCUUAUGAAAGAGGUCGUGUUCUCUGAAGAUCGAUUAUCAAUCACAAACCGUCGAGUUUUAAUGAUCUGCACUUACAUGCCACUUUACGUCUUUAAGCUGUUGGGAAAUUUGACCUCUAUUUAUGUGAAAAACAGAUGAGAGGUACUUUAGAUUCAUAAAGCUAUUUAAACAGAGCCGGUGCUGCAUUGCACAGAGCAAGUGACAAAGACUGCUUAACAAAUCAAAGUAAUACUGUUCCUGAUACAAUAAUAUUGCGGAGAGAUAAACACAUUGAGAUUCAUGUUAUGUGUCCAAGGAGCGUUCUCAGAUGGAUGCAAAUAAACACAGUAAAGUGAACCUUUAAAUUCAGCUUCCUAAAGCCCUUAGUAUACUUCGGCGAGUGAUGGGAGAAACAAAGCUUUUCAAAGCUUCGAGAGAAGUGCUUUGCAAAAUGAUUCACUGUUUUGAAGCACUAGAAACAGCGGGUCAGUAUAGUGUAAAUGCAAUGAAAACAAACAGAAAACAGCUUUUACAAACCCAUUGUAAAGGUUUUAUUGAAAGUAUAAUCUAUCAAAUGCAAUUAACUAAUCACCUCAUACAAUGAAAUAUUGCGUGUUGCUGUGAUAUGUGUUCUUUUAUCAACUUUCAGGGCUUGUUUGGUUUGUUCUAUAGCUGGCCAAUAAAAGCCGAUUAACUACUAAUAUUCCUUUUAAUUAUACAAACGUCUUAGACACAAGCUCAGUGGUUCUUUAGAAACAGAUGCGACAUGACAUAAAGCCGUGUUUACUGAAAUCGUGUAACUUUGGCAGUUUGAUGCACGCUCUAAACGACUGUUUCGAAACAAAUUAUUUGCCAAAGUUUCAGUAAUUCAUUAAGAAGUGUUUCAAAAGCGGCCAUCACUAACAGUGUGUGUGACGUAAAUGACGGUAUUACACAAUAACAAACUACUGGACAUGCAACAGACUCCUGCAUCUUCGGAGAAGAUUCCCACACCGCUAGUUUUAAAGAGUACAGAGAACUUUUUUGGUCAUCUGGAGAAAAAUAUCUUGGAUGGCACAAAGAUGACUCGCGCUGCCUGUGCUUGCACACGCUUUCUUUCUCAUCAAAACUAAAGCGUACUUUGGGCUUUAAGUGUUUCCAUUUUGAGAACAAAAUUGAUUAUGUAAGAUGCGAAAGUUUUAAACUCCUUGCUUCUGCAACACUGUUUACUAGCUCUCUGUUGUCUGUAUAAUGAUAUUUGGUAAGAAACAAAUGUUUUAUUUUACAUUUUCACAAAAUUGUUGUAUCUUUUGUAGAAAGAAUUAUUAUUAUUUUUUUGGCUGUUAUUUUUGUACUUGAAAUAAGGGUGAUUUUUGGCCCUGAUGUGGUACUGCGAUGUUUUUCAACAAGUAUUAAAUAACUGCUAAGAGAA